AUGGGGCUCAUAAAGGUAACGUUAGGUUCAUCUGGAGAAAACCAGUACAGAAAUGUUAAACCUGAUCAUUUUCCAGACAAGUUCUUCUAUCCACGGCUCGUGCGGCACGUGACCAGCGGUCCAGUGAUCGCAAUGAGAGUUCGUGGAGAUGUACGUCGUAUUCUCGGAAGCAGUCGUCUGUAUCCGAUCCCCGAAAUUGGUGUACGAUCAUCGUUACGCCAACGUUUUGCCCUGUCCGAUGUCCGGAACGUCGCCCAUACUUCAGAUGCCAAGGAUGCACAACAAGAGCUGGCCCUCUUCGAGCCAUUUCAACCGUCGGAACCGUUACUGAAUGAAAUUCUUACGUAG